CAGCGGCCCCAUGUUGGAUCAGCCUCUCGAGUCUCUCCUUCACCGAUCGAAGUGCUUCGCUUCUCUUCUCUUGUUCUUCCGCGCGGGUUGUGCGCGAACAAAAGGCUUCCACCAGGUUCUGCUUAGCGGAGGGCACACAUUUUAAGGAUGUAGUCGCAACCCUCAACUAACAUAUGUCGUGUUGUAAACCGCGGCAUCGGGGAAAUGUGGAACGCGGGCUGAAGAAGAAAUAACUGGGGUCCGUUAACGCCACACUGACAUAAUGUUCACAGUCACCGAGUUUGCCUCCUUGAAUGACGUCCAUCCAACAUACCGCAUCUUGAAGCCAUGGUGGGAUGUCUUCAUGGACUACCUGAGCCUGGUCAUGCUGAUGUUGGCACUAUUCGCCAUGACUAUGCAGAUCACCAAGGACCAGGUAGCUUGCCUUCCUUUCAUGGAGGAAUCACAGGAGAACUCUGGAAAUUACUCCUACCCCACACAUACUGCGCAGGAAGUAGCUGCUGCGAUGGCUAAGGGAGGCGAGAAAUGCACUAAUCAGCAUCAAGCACCGGGAAUCAAGACAAAUUUGGACUUUCAGCAGUAUGUGUUUAUCAACCAAAUGUGUUAUCACCUUGUCUUGCCCUGGUAUUCCAAAUUCUUCCCCUACCUCAUCCUGAUCAACACUGUUAUCCUUAUGGUUAGCAGCAAUUUCUGGUUCAAAUUUCCCAAGACGAGCUCUAAAAUAGAACACUUUGUUUCCAUUCUGUGUCGAUGUUUCGAGUCUCCUUGGACUACUAAGGCGGUGUCUGAAACGGCCUGCGAAGACUCUGAGGAGAACAAGCAGAGGUUGAGCGGUACCUCUUUUGCACUUAAGAAGGUGUCUUUAGAGGGGAAGGAGGAAGGUUCCAGUUCCACCUUAACCUCCCCUAUGCUUGAAGGUGUGGUCUCUGCAGAUAUGCCCAUUGCCGAAGCACCGACGGCCAGUAUGCCCAUAUUGGAUAAAAAGGACGGGGAGCAGGCCAAAGCCCUGUUUGAGAAAGUGCGGAAGUUCCGAGCUCACGUGGAGGACAACGAUUUCAUCUACAGGUUUUACGCAGCUCAGACCAUUUUCAAAACGGCCACAUUUAUUUCAAUGCUCUCCUACACCUCGAGCUUUUUGGUUAAAAUUAAUUUUAUACACAUCUGUGAGACUGAUGUCAAAGCGUUGGUAGGGUAUGGGAAGUUCUUUUGUACGCAUAACAUGGCUUUCAUGUUGGACAAGGUGCUUAUUUGCUACAUAGCUCUGAUGAUAAUGUAUGGGAUGGUAUGUCUUUACUCCCUCUUUUGGGUAUUUCGAGGACCUUUGAAGGAGUAUUCCUUUGAGAAAGUCAGAGAAGAGAGUAGCUUUAGUGACAUUCCAGAUGUCAAAAAUGACUUUGCAUUCCUCUUACACAUGGUUGACCAAUACGACCAACUAUAUUCCAAGCGCUUUGGUGUCUUCCUGUCUGAGGUGAGCGAGAACAAGCUAAGGGAGAUUAGCCUCAAUCACGAGUGGAACUUCAAAAAAGCGAGGAAGUGCGUGACCCGUAAUGCACAAGACCAGCAGGAGCUGCACCUUAAGAAUCUCUUUGGUCUACCAAACGUGGUCUUCGACCUCACCGACUUGGAGGUGCUCAAGCUAGAGAAGAUUCCCGAGGUCAGAUUUACUGCUAACGUCUCUCAGAUGACCAGUCUGAGGGAGCUGCACCUCUACGAGUGUCCCGCCAAAGUGGAGCAGACGGGUUUUGCCUUCCUCCGCGACCAUCUCCACAGCCUUCACAUCAGUUUUACUGAUGUUGCCGAGAUCCCGACGUGGGUCUUCUUGCUGAGGAAUUUGCGAGAGCUUUACAUCAUCGGGAAUUUGAGCUCUGAAAAUAACAGGAUGGUCGGUCUGGAAUCCAUGAGGGACUUGCGGCAUUUAAAGACAUUAUACCUGAAGAGCAACCUCCCAAAAUUGCCCACCAACAUCACAGACGUGUCGCACCACCUGGUUAGAUUAGUGGUGCACAACGACGGCACAAAACUAUUCGGACUGAAUACUCUGAAAAAAAUGACCAACCUCAUCGUCCUGGAAUUUCACAGUUGUGAGCUGGAGAAGAUUCCUCACGCUAUUUUCAGCUUGCUCAACCUGCAGGAGCUUGAUCUGAAGUCCAACAACAUCCGGACCAUAGAGGAGAUCGUCAGCUUCCAGCACCUCAAGAGGCUGACGUGUCUCAAAUUGUGGUACAACCAAAUCACAGCAAUCCCCUCCUCCAUUGUCCAGGGCAAGUCUCUGGAGGCUCUCCACCUCUCACACAAUAAACUGGUGUCCCUGCCACCGGCAUUGUUCAGACUACCUAAACUACAAUACUUGGAUGUGGCCCACAACUUAAUCCAGGUGCUCCCGCCGGAUGUGGGUAUCCUGCUAGACCUGCUGCACCUGGACAUCACUUCCAAUAAGCUGGAGACGUUGCCCAAGAAUCUGUUCAAGUGCACCAAGCUGAGGGUGCUGUGCUUGGGCCACAACGAGCUUAGGGAACUGUCAGAGGCUGUGGGCGACCUGGUUCAGCUCAAUCAUCUGGAGCUGAAGGGCAACAGUCUGGAAAGGCUGCCUGCACAGCUUGGCAACUGCCGCCGGCUGCUCAGGAAUGAGUUCCUAGUGGAGGAUCACCUCUACAUGACGCUGCCUGUGGAAGUCAAGGAAAGCAUUAGCCGAGACAGCGCUAUGGCCAGUACAAGUGUCUUAUAGCAGGGGUUCUCAAACUUUUUGGGUCCGGGGAGAUUUUUUCCCAAUGCCUUCAUAAUCCUUGCGCCAAUUAAAAAUAACCACCUUGUGUACAGUGAACGCCCACUAUAUGAUUACGAAAAUUUGCGAGUAAUUGAAUCAAAAGUACCAAGAUGGUGGCAACGCAACUUAUUUCUAUUUGACAAGACUAUAGACCAACUAAAUGAAGCUCCUCCCCAUCACUUUAACAGAGUCCCUUGUUCCAAAGAUGUCACAAGAUGGCGCUAAAGCAAUAUUUUUCAUAUUGGAUAUGAGUUUGGAGGAUAGGUUCCUCCAAAAACAUCGAGAAAGCCGAACUCACUUUAUCCCUAAAUGACACUGGAAUUAAAAAGUUGCCUAUUUUCGAGAAAAUACAGUCCCCUCAAAAGUAUUGGAAAUGACAAGGUCAAUUCCUUUGUUUUGUAUGUAUACUGAAGACAUUUGGGUAUCAGAUCAAAAGAUGAAGAUGAGACAGACGUUAAGAAUUCCAGCUUUUAUUUUGUAUUUACAGCUAGAUGUGUUAAACAACUCAGGAACGGGCACCUUUUGUUGAAGUCUUUAUCAUCAAUAAAGACUAGUGAGCCUGUUCCAGAAGCAGCCAUGCAACCCCAAGCCAUGACAUAACCGCCACCAUGCUUCACAGACGAGCUUGUGUGUUUUGGCUCAUCAGCAGAUCCUUUCUUUCGCCAUACUUUGGUCUUUCCAUCACUUUGGUAGAGGUUACUCUUGGUCUCAUCAGUCCAUAAAACUUCCAAAACCUUUGUGCCUCAUCUCUGUACUUCUUUGCAAAAUCCAAUCUGGCCUUCUGAUUCUUUUUGUUGAUGAGUGGUUUGCAUCUUGUGGUAUGCCCUGUAAAUUUAUUUUCUCAGUCUUCUUCGAACAGUGGAUUGUGAUACCUUUACCCCUGCCCUGUGGAGGUUGGCAGUGCUGUCACUGACUGCUGUCUUUGGGUGUUUCUUUACAGCUCUCACAAUGUUUCUGUCAUCAACUGCUGUUGAUACCCUUGGCCAACCUGUUCGGUGUCUGUUGCUCAGUACAGCAGUAGUUUCUUGCUUUUUCAGGACAUUCCAAAUUGUUGUAUUGCCGAUGCCCUCUGAUCGAUUUUCUUCUCUCAGCUUCAAAAUGGUUGGCUUUUCUCCUACAGACAACUCUCUGGUCAUCAUGUUUGCUUAACAACAAAUUCAGUUUUCACAGGUGAAACCCAAAGCCAAAAACAAGCACUAAUGUCUAAGUAAUCAGUCUAAAAGGCAACACCUGAGCAACGAGAAACACCCACCAGUCACGUUCCAAUACUUUUGCUCACUUGAAAAGUGAGUGGUUUCAAACAUAAGGUGCUCUGUCCUGAGUUGUUUAACACACCUAGAUGUAAACACCAUGAAAUAAAAGCUAGAAUUUUAAACUUUUGUCUCAUAUUCAUCUUUUGAUCUAAAACCCAAAUGUCUUCACUAGGAAUUGACCUUGCUGUUCCAAUACUUUUGGAGGGGACAGUAAAUCUUAAUGUUAUGAUAACAAAUUCAGAUUUUUCAGAGCAACAAAAGUUGUAAUCUCUAGAAAAAAAGUCAUUAUCUUUACAAGAGUAAAGAUGUAUUUUUGUCGUGAUAAAAAGUCGAAGGGGUAUGUUCGGAAUUACUACCUAUCCAUGACAGUCAACACCCGUAUAUUCGCAGUUUGGGAUUUGCAAAUUCACAUAUUCGCAGAUUUGUUUUUGUGCUCAGGCUAAAGGAAUAAAAAUAUUGCUUCGUUGCCAUUUUGUGGCAUCUUGGUGGGAAACAAUUCUGUUGAAAUAAGUUGAGGCGCUACAUGUUGACGUAAGUAGUGCUCACCAUUUUUAUAAGUGCUUUUUUGUAUUGUUUCAGUUAUGGAUCAUUGACCAGCUGACUUUGAUACAGUAUGCUACGUUUUAAAUGUGCAACAGCAAUGAUGUAAUUAACAGCGCGCAUGAGUAGUGCGCCAAAACAUUUUUUUCAUUUUACUAAUGAGUGACCUAUAUUGCGUACUACAACCCCAAUUCCAAUCAAGUUGGGACAUUGUGUUAAACAUAAAUAAAAACAGAAUACAAUGAUUUGCAAAUCAUGUUCAACCUAUAUUUAAUUGAAUACACCACAAAGACACUAUUUUUAAUUAUCAAACUGAUAAACUUUGUUUUUAGCAAAUAAUAAUUAACUUAGAAUUUCAUGGUUGCAACAGGUUCCAAAAAAGCUUGGACAUGUGGCAAAAAAGACUGAGAAAGUUGAGGAAUGCUCAAUAAACAUCUGUUUUGAACAUCCCACAGGUGAACAGGCUAAUUGGGAACAGGUAGGGUGCAAUGAUUGGGUAUAAAAGGAGCUUCCCUGAAUUGCUCAGUCAUUCACACGCAAAAGUGGGGCGAGGUUCACCUCUUUGUGAACAAGUGCGUGAGAAAAUAGUCAAACAGUUUAAGGACAAUGUUCCUCAACGUACAAUUGCGAGGAAUUUAAGGAUUUAAUCAUCUAUGGUCCAUAAUAUCAUCAAAAGGUCAGAGAAUCUGGAGAAAUCACUGCAUGUAAGCGGCAAGGCCGAAAACCAACAUUGAAUGCCCGUGACCUUCGAUCCCUCAGGCAGCACUGCAUCAAAAACUGACAUCAAUGUCUAGAGGAUAUCGCCACAUGGGCUCAGGAACACUUCAGAAAACCAAUGCCAGUAAAUACAGUUCGGCGCUACAGCCGUAAGUGCAACUUGAAACUCAACUAUGCAAAGCAAAAGUCGUUUAUCAACAACACCCAGAAACGCUGCCGGCUUCUCUGCGCCCGAGCUUAUUUAAGAUGGACUGACGCAAAGUUUAAAAGUGUUCUGUGGUCCGACGAGUCCACAUUUAAAAUUGGUUUUGGAAAUUGUGGACGUCGUGUCCUUCGGGCCAAAGAACCAUCCGGACUGUUAUGGACGCAAAGUUGAAAAGCCAGCAUCUGUGAUGGUAUGGGCCUGUGUUAGUGCCAAUGGCAUGGGUAACUUACACAUCUGUGAAGGCACCAUUAAUGCUGAAAAGGUACACACAGGUUUUGGAGAAACAUAUGCUGCCAUCCAAGCAACGUCUUUUUCAUGGACGCCCCCGCUUAUUUCAGCAAGAAAAUGCCAAACCACAUUAUGCACGUGUUACAACAGCGUGGCUUCGUAGUAAAAGUGCGGGUACGAGACAGGCCUGCCUGCAGUCCAGACCUGUCUCCCAUUGAAAGUGAGUGGUGCAUUAUGAAGCGUAAAAUACGACAACGGAGACCCCGGACUGUAGAACAGCUGAAGCUGUACAUCAAGCAAGAAUGGGAAAGAAUUGCAUCGACAAAGCUUCAACAAUUAGUGUCCUCAGUUCCCAAACGUUUAUUGAAUGUUGUUAAAAGAAAAGGUGAUGUAACACAGUGGUAAACAUGUCCCAGUCCCAGCUUUUUUGGAACGUGUUGCAACCAUAAAAUUCCAAGUUAAUGAUUAUUUGCUAAAAACAAUAAAGUUUAUCAGUUUGAACAUUAAAUAUUUUGUCUUUGUAGUGUAUUCAAUUAAAUAUAGGUUGAACAUGAUUUGCAAAUCAUUGUAUUAUGUUCUUAUUGAUGUUUAACACAACGUCCCAACUUCAUUGGAAUUGGGGUUUUAUAUAAAAAUCCCUAUAGAGUGAAUACAGAGUAGGGAAAACUGAAUGAUUCUGAAGACAGACAGAAGAAUAAAGUAAAUAUUUUCCAAAAAAGGAAGUUAUAAUUUAACAAGUGAAUUUAAAAAAUACACCUUUGAUUCAGGAAAUGAUGCCUUUAUUCUCUAAAAAAUAGCACUAUAUUUUUUGAAAAAAUAUCCCUUUUCUUGAAAAAAAAAAUGCAAUUCCUGUAAUAUCCAUCCAUCCAUUUUCUGAGCCGCUUCUCCUCACUCGGGUCGCGGGCGUGCUGGAGGUGGGAGGAAACCUGAGUGCCCGGAGAAAACCCACGCAGGCACGGGGAGAACAUGCAAACUCCACACAGGCGGGGCCGGGGAUUGAACCCGGGUCCUCAGAACUGUGAGGCUGACCCUCUAACCAGUCGCUCACCGUACCGCCAUUCCUGUAAUAAUAAUGACUUAAAAAAAAAUAAAAAAAACUUUAUUCAUGCAGUUAUGUCAGAUCCAUGUCACAAUCACAUCAGAACUUUUAAUUGGCCCAAAGCUCAAGUAGGCAGAAGUAAUUAGUUUUUUAUGUUUGUUUUCUUGGCACUCCCCAUAUUUAGGUAUGCACUUACUAAUACAAUAAUUUAUUUCCAAUUAUUUUUCGGACCCCUAAGCUAUGGCUCACGGACCCAGGUUGAGAACAAUUGUCUGAUAGCACCAAACACCAAGGGCUGGGCAAUUAAUGCAAUUUCAUAACGUUAAUGGCUUGUCUUAGUUGCUCAAUGUUUGUAAAACAGAAUGAAUGUACCUCUCAUUUAAUUAAACUUUUUUUAAUUUUAAGCAUUUCAUAGUUUGUAACCAUGAUGUUAGCUUAAAAGCUUGGUUUGUGUGUGUGUGUGGACCUGUAUUUUAGCCUCUCAGGAACAAUUACAAUCAUGGAUGAAAAUCUAUUUGGGGGGAUUUUUUUUUCUUCACAGAGGGCCAAAAUAAACACUUUCUCUUGUCCAUAAAAUGUUUGUUAUGCUCAAUACUUGAAUAGAUUCUGCUCCUUUUUUCAUUUCCAUGGUUCAAAAUAUUAGUAGUGUGUGUUGAUCAAUGUCAUAAAUAAAAUAGCAAUUCCAGAAAUGAGUAAAUCACUAGAUAUUAACUUUAAUCACUGUUAUUGAUGUAUGGAAUUCACUUGCAUAAAGAAAUCUGAAUGUUCUCUCUUGCCGUUUUGCUAGACUGUUAGGACCUUAGUUUUUUUCUUGUUCUAAAAUGUAAACAUUCACGUGUUUUCAACUUCAACUAAUUAUUCUACAUUGACGACAAAGCUGUCUGACUUCAUCCCACCCAUGUAUUUUUGUAUACUGUACGUCAACGUAUUCGUCGUCAGAGUUGCUGUAUCACCUCAGUGUCCUAUGCUCAAAGUUCACAGCUUUUAUGACUCAAUAAAACAUUUGUAAGACAUA